GCUCUCCUCCGCGUGGGGCCGGGCCCGGCCCCGCACCUCCCCCGGCCCCGCACGCCGAGCGCCGUCCGUGAGGAUCGGGGGGAGUGGGCGGCGGGCGAGCUCCAUCCGCACUCUGCUGCCCCCGGCCUCCAUCCGGGCCCGGGCCUUUCCCUCUCCCUCAGCCUGGAGCUCCUCCUGGCCCCUCCCCGCCGCCCCGGGCCGAUCCCCCAUGGCUCUCCCUCUCCUUUUCCUUCUCCCUUUCCCUCUCCCCGUUCUUCUGUCUCAUUCUCUCUUCCCCCUGCAGCAGAAGAAGCCCGUGGCGAAAGGUGGCAAAAAGAAGAAGCAGGUGCUGAAGUUCACGCUGGACUGCACGCACCCUGUUGAGGAUGGCAUCAUGGAUGCCGCUAACUUCGAGCAGUUCCUGCAGGAGCGGAUCAAGGUGAACGGCAAAGCGGGGAACCUGGGCGGGGGCGUGGUGACCAUCGAGAGGAGCAAGAGCAAGAUCACGGUCACGUCGGAGGUGCCGUUCUCCAAGAGGUACCUGAAGUACCUGACCAAGAAGUACCUGAAGAAGAACAACCUGCGGGACUGGCUGCGUGUGGUGGCCAACAGCAAGGAGAGCUAUGAGCUGCGCUACUUCCAGAUCAACCAGGACGAGGAAGAGGAGGAGGAGGAGGAUUGAGCCCUGCUGCCGACAGCCAUUUUGUACAGUUUUGCUUUUCUGGAAUAAACAGCGGCAGAGUUGUUCAUA